UUUUUUUGGGGCUUGGAACGGGUUGGUUUGUUUUGAGACAGAAUGGCUUGCCAAGUAUUGCUCGAACAUCAAUUGGAAUGGGGGGUUUUUUUUUCUUAGGACGCAACGAGUUAGUUGCCUAUAACAGUAACCACCGUCGCCAACUUUGACGUUCGGAUGAGAGCAUGCAUAGAGACCCUAAUUAAUUGCCGGGCUUCUUUUGGUUUUUCGUCUUUUGUUCUCACUAGAUUUUGUACCUGUGAGAUAUGUUAUCAAUGCUUUCUUCGUACUAUGAUCAUUGAUCUUUUCGAGAAAAAAGGAAGAGAAAAAAAACAUCUCAAUCAAUUAGGUUCAUCCAGUCGGUUGACCCCUCGGCGAUAAUACAUACCCCUUGCCUCCUACCAAGUCGGGAAACGCAGAAAGAACCCUUGCCAGCUGCAAACAUCCAUUCGUGGUAAUAAUCCUCUGCCACCUAACAAUUUCCUCCAAAAUCGCCAAGCCUGAUCUUGAGACCUUUAAUUAUUUCAUGGUCGCUUUCUCCUUCGUAUUCUUUUUGCCGACCUACGACCUACCCUCUCUUGAUCUGCUAGCGCAUUGAGACCCUUAGCAAACAAAACAAGAGGGAUUUCCGUCAAGACAUGUCCGCUUUUCGCCGUUGCCCUGUAACAUUGUCAAAAUGAGCGACCAGCAGCCCGAUCCAGAAAAAGUGACGCCUUCAGAGGCUGGCGGCGGUGGCCAAGUUCAACGAGAUGCGCCGGCCGCGUCCACGACGACGGCAGCGGCUGCCCAGCCCGCACGCCCGGAAGGCACUGCAGCGGUUUCCGAAGAUGGCUCCAAGGAGACUCCCGAAAAGGAUGACGACAAGGUCACGCCUACCGUCAGCGCUCGGCCUGAGCGCGAGGCGACCUUCAAGGACUACCUCCGCGUAUUUUCCUACGCCAAAAAGUUUGACUACGCCUUGAUGGUCGCUGCCGCGAUCGCCUCUAUCGGUGCUGGAACCACUUUGCCUUUGAUGAAUGUGCUUUUCGGAAGACUCGUAAACAACUUUACGGGGUUUAACUUCUUUGAUCCCAAUGCCGUGAACCAGUUCGAGGCCACUUUGAACCAGCUUUCUCUGUACAUCUUCAUUUUGUUUCUUGUUCGAUUUACUCUGAACUACAUCAACAAGUUCUGCUUUCGCCUAAUUGGAAUUCGAAUGUCUGCCGCGAUCCGUCUAGACUUCUUGGAGGCCCUCUUCGCCCAGUCUAUACACGUGUUGGACUCGAUGCCUUCAGGCUCGGCCGCUGGGACAAUCACGAGCACAGCCAACACGCUGCAACUAGGCAUAUCAGAGAAGCUUGGAACAUUUUUGGAGUUUACGUCAUUGAUUAUCACCGCGUUGAUCGUUGCAAUGACCUGGUCUUGGGAACUUACCCUGAUCACUUCUACCGUAAUCUUGUUCCUAGGAUUGGUCAUUGGUAUCAUACUUCCCUUCAUUAUCAAGGGGACUUCUAAGCAGACCAAGGCUGAGGCAAAGGCAACAUCUGUGGCCAGCGAGGCUUUUAACAGCAUCAGGAUGGUAACGGCCUGUGGUGCCCAAGAACGCAUUGGGCUGCGAUACUCUGAAUGGGUACACAAGGCCAAACAGUUUGGACAGUCCACUACCCCCAUGCUGGCGAUUCAAUUCGGUCUUAUAUUUUUCGGCAUAUAUGCAGCUUUCGCCCUUUCAUUUUGGUACGGCACUACAAAGAUGGCCGCAGAGGGACGUGUCAAUGACGCUGGCACCAUUAUUAUUGUGCUAAUGUCGGUUAUGAUGAUGAUCUUUUCCAUUGAACGUAUAUCGGCCCCCUUAAUUGCAGCCUCCAAGGCUAUGGUGGCCGCGACCGAGUUCUUCGUCAUCAUCGACGCGCCCCGUCCGAACCCUGGAACGGUUAUGGCGCCCCAGGUAUCGGCCACCGAGGAUAUUUCUUUUUCAGGCGUCACCUUUGCCUACCCAUCCAGGCCUCACGUCAAAGUUUUGGACGACCUAAGCCUCACGUUCCCAGCCGGCAAGGUGACAGCCAUCGUGGGCCCCUCUGGAUCUGGCAAGUCCACGGUCGUGGGCUUGAUCGAGAGGUGGUAUAACCUGAAGCAGGGGUAUGUUUUGGCAAAGACGGUCGCUCAGGACAAGACCAAGGAGAAAAAUAAGAAGAAGGGGAAGAAUGGAAAAGAUGGUAAACCCAAGAAAAAGUCAUCCGACGGGUUAGACGAUGAUGAUAAUGAAGAGGAGACCACACCGGCUCCAGAGGAAACCGGAGAUCCCGUUCAGCUUCAAGGAGAGGUGUCAACGUGCGGCCACAACUUGGACGACAUCAACAUCAAAUGGUGGAGGUCACAGAUUGGUUUGGUGCAACAAGAGCCAUUCCUAUUCAACGACACUAUCGAGAAAAAUGUCAUGUACGGACUUAUUGGUUCAGAGUUUGAGAACGAAUCCGAGGAGCGCAAAAAGGAGCUAUGCCGUGAGGCUUGUGCCGAGGCCUUCGCGGACGAGUUCAUUGACCGGCUACCUGAUGGCUACCAAACGCAGGUGGGAGACUCGGGUACCAAGUUAUCCGGCGGACAAAGGCAACGAAUUGCAAUUGCUCGUAGUAUCGUCAAACGGCCAAAGAUUCUUAUCCUAGACGAGGCGACAAGCGCCAUUGAUGUUCGCGGAGAGCGUAUCGUGCAGGCGGCGCUGGAGAAGGCAUCACAGAAUCGCACUACAAUCACGAUUGCCCACAGACUGCAAGUACUCACUGUAGCGUUUCUUUUGAUUGUCUUCAACUUUCGCGCGCGUCUGUCCACGGCACCAUCCAAGCAGCUGCUAACAUGCUCGUCUCGCUGUAGAUCUACAAUCAAAUCGGCAGACAAGAUCAUAGUCAUGAGAAACGGAAAGGCGGUUGAACAAGGCACACACGAGUCUCUGCUCAAGGAUGACAAGGGCGUCUACUUCGGCCUUGUCAAUGCACAACAGCUGUCUCUGGGCGACGAAGGCAGCGACAGCGAUGUGGCUGAGGACAGUCUGGAGGACAGGCUUGCCAGGGAAAAGUCCGCAGCGCUGUCCGAGAAUGAGGAAGCGACCAUGGCUCCAGGAUGGAAGAAACGUGGCCUUGUCAACAGCUUUGGCCGGCUGUUGGGAGAGCAAAAGUCCCGGUGGCCUGUAUACGGCAUAUCAGUUGUUGCAGCCAUGGUUGCCGGCGCGGUUGUGCCACUUCAGGCGUUCCUAUUUGCCAAGUUGAUUGCCAUCUUCCAGAACCCGAACAUAGACAGGUACAGGGCGGAUGGUUCUUUCUACUCGCUGAUGUGGUUGGUAUUAGCGGUGGCUAACGGCUUUGGCUACUUUUUCCUCGCCUAUUCCGCCAUCCACCUUCAACACUUUAUCUGUGCCGUCUACAGGCAACAGUACUUCCAAUCGCUACUCUACCAAAAGAUUGGGUUUUUCGACGAGGAGCCUAAUUCAACGGGAUCGUUAACAGCGAGGGUGGCAGGCGACCCCAAACAGCUCGAGGAGCUUCUCGGCGUCAAUAUGGCAAUGGUCUACACUGCGGUUUUUGGCCUCGUCGGUGCGCUUGCAAUUGCUUUCGCCCACAGCUGGAAGCUCGCUCUUGUUGCUCUUUGCGUGACAGUCCCCCUUGGACUAGGUGCAGGCUAUUUCCGCUUCAAAUACGAGCUCGAUUUCGAAAAGAUGUAUGCCGAGGUAUUUGCAGAAUCAAGUAAAUGGGCGUCAGAAAGUAUCGGGGCUUUCAGAACGGUUUCGGCAUUGACCCUAGAGGACGUUAUAACGUCCCGUUACUCGAGCCUUCUCUCACACCACGUUACCAAAGCCUACCUGAAAGCUAGGUUUACAACCCUAAUCUUUGCUUUAAGCGACUCGAUCAGCCUCGCUUGCCAGGCUCUCGUCUUUUGGUACGGCGGUCAGCUUAUCCUCAGGGGUGAAAUCGAUAUUGUUCAGUUCUUUGUCUGCUAUUUGGCUGUCAUCAACGGAGCCGAAGCGGCCGGCAACGGCUUAAGUUUCGGUCCCAACGCCGCCCAGGCUGCCGCUGCAUCCAACAGGAUCCUCAGCAUUAGGGAUUCGGUGGAAAAGGAUUUGAGCAACACGAAAAACUUCAAGUCGGUGCCUGAUGUCGAAAAGGGCGUCGAAAUAGAGUUCCGGAACGUGUCUUUCAAAUAUCCCACCAGGAACGUGAACGUUUUAAAGGAGUUGAAUCUGACCAUCGGCAAGGGUCAAUUUGUGGCCUUGGUUGGCGCAUCCGGUUCGGGUAAAACCUCUGUUAUUUCGCUUUUGGAACGUUUUUACGAUGUCGCCAAGGGCGAGAUUAUCUUCAACGGGGUACCCAUUACCGACGUUAACGUAUUCGAAUACCGCAAACUUAUGUCCCUCGUCGCCCAGGAGGCAACGCUCUUCCAGGGUUCCAUUAAAGACAAUAUCCUGAUCGGCGUCGACCCGACUACCGUAACCGAGGCCCAGCUGCACGAGGUCUGCCGCGAUGCCUCCAUUCACGACUUUAUCGUCUCGCUCCCAAACGGCUACGACACCGACAUUGGUUCCAAGGGCGUAUCGCUUUCGGGUGGCCAGAAACAGCGAGUCGCCAUUGCGCGCGCUUUAAUACGCAACCCGCGCGUCCUUUUACUCGAUGAGGCCACCUCGUCCCUCGACUCGGAUACAGAGAAGCUUAUCCAGGCCACCUUUGACCGCGUCUCCAAGGGCCGAACGACAGUCGCCGUCGCCCAUCGGCUGGCAACCAUCCAGAACGCUGACCUCAUUUACGUUUUGGGUGAGGGCAAGGUCCUCGAGCAGGGCAGCCACACCGAGCUGCUGAAGAAGCGCGGAGUCUACUGGCACAUGUGCCAGAGCCAGGCUCUGGACAGGUGAUUUUUAUCUUCUCUUCUUUAUGUUAACCAUUGUUUUUUUUUUAUACAAAAGUCUUGUUGCCAUGGUGGCCCUAGUCUUAAAUCCGGUUCUCUCCCCUCCACAACUACCCCUAUCGUACGUAUUUCACAAACACAUGCCUAUAACUUGGUGAAAUAGCCACCAAUAAAUUCACCAAAUCCUCCCCCCGCCCCCCCCCUUUUUUUUUCUUUGGGGCAGGAGACGAAUAAAUCAAUCUGUGAUAAUUUGGUGUUUGCGGAUGAUAUAGGAAUAAUGAUUAUAUAGCAACUCGCUGUUUAAUAGCAUUAAACCCCUCUCGGUUCUUUUUGUCUUUCUUUAGAAUAUGCAUUUGGUCAGAACUAAAAAAAUAAAAAUAAAAAUAAAAAAUAAAUAAAUAAAAAAACA